GCUGCGAGGGGGCGCGCGCGGGUGUGAGAGCGUGUGUGUAUGUGUGUGUGUGUGUCUGGGUCUGUGUCCGGGUGUGUGCGCGGGAGAGGGAGUGUGUGUGGGAGCCCGGCGGCUCUGCACUGCAGCCUCCCCCUGCGCGGAGGGGAGAUCUGGACGAAAAGGAGCGACAAGAGAGUGCUCCACGGGAGUCGGGAGGAGAGGGGGAAGGAGGCUCUCCAGCUCAGGCCGGGCAGACGCCUCGCAGCUGCAGGCUCAGUCCCCGGGGCGCAGCGCCGCGGCCACCAUGCUCAACAACCUGACGGACUGCGAGGAUGGCGACGGGGGAGCUAACCCGGGUGAUGGCAACCCCAAGGAAAGCAGUCCCUUCAUCAACAGCACUGACUCUGAAAAGGGCAAGGAAUAUGAUGGCAAGAACAUGGCUCUGUUUGAGGAGGAGAUGGACACCAGUCCCAUGGUGUCAUCCCUGCUUAGUGGCCUGGCCAAUUAUACCAAUUUGCCACAAGGCAGCCGGGAACAUGAGGAGGCUGAGAACAAUGAAGGUGGCAAAAAGAAACCUGUGCAGGCACCUCGGAUGGGCACCUUCAUGGGUGUGUACCUGCCCUGUCUGCAAAAUAUCUUUGGUGUCAUCCUUUUUCUGAGGCUUACUUGGGUAGUGGGCAUUGCAGGAAUCAUGGAAUCUUUCUGCAUGGUUUUUAUCUGCUGCUCCUGUACUAUGCUGACCGCCAUCUCCAUGAGUGCCAUUGCUACCAAUGGUGUUGUGCCAGCUGGUGGUUCCUACUACAUGAUCUCCCGGUCACUGGGCCCUGAGUUCGGGGGCGCUGUAGGCCUUUGCUUCUACCUUGGUACCACCUUUGCAGGAGCAAUGUACAUUCUGGGCACCAUUGAGAUCCUGUUGGCAUACAUAUUUCCAGCCAUGGCCAUCUUCAAGGCGGAGGAUGCGAGUGGAGAGGCAGCUGCUCUGCUGAACAACAUGCGUGUGUAUGGCACCUGUGUGCUCACAUGUAUGGCCACAGUUGUCUUCGUUGGGGUCAAAUAUGUCAACAAGUUUGCACUUGUCUUCCUGGGCUGUGUCAUCCUCUCAAUCCUUGCCAUCUAUGCGGGGGUCAUCAAGUCUGCCUUUGACCCACCCAACUUCCCAAUCUGCCUUUUGGGAAACCGCACGCUCUCACGACAUGGCUUUGACAUCUGUGCCAAGUUAGCCUGGGAGGGCAAUGAGACGGUGACCACCAAGCUGUGGGGGCUGUUCUGCUCCUCCCGAUUCCUCAACGCCACCUGUGAUGAAUACUUUACCCGUAACAAUGUUACCGAGAUCCAAGGCAUCCCUGGCGCUGCCAGCGGCCUGAUCAAAGAAAACCUUUGGAGCUCUUACCUGACCAAAGGUGUGAUCGUUGAGAAACAUGGGAUGCCUUCCAUACCACUGCCUGAGGCAAUUCCUCUUAACCUGGAUCAGCCCUAUGUCUUCAGUGACAUGACCUCCUAUUUCACCCUACUGGUCGGCAUCUAUUUCCCUUCAGUCACAGGAAUAAUGGCUGGUUCCAACCGUUCCGGGGAUCUUCGAGAUGCCCAGAAGUCCAUCCCUACUGGGACCAUCUUGGCUAUUGCUACCACUUCUGCUGUCUACAUCAGCUCUGUAGUCCUGUUCGGGGCCUGCAUCGAGGGAGUCGUCUUGAGGGACAAGUUUGGUGAAGCAGUGAAUGGGAACCUGGUGGUGGGUACCCUGGCUUGGCCCUCCCCAUGGGUCAUCGUCAUCGGCUCCUUCUUCUCCACUUGUGGUGCUGGGCUGCAGAGUCUCACAGGAGCCCCUCGCCUCCUGCAGGCCAUCUCCCGGGACGGCAUUGUGCCCUUCUUGAGGGUCUUUGGCCACGGCAAAGCCAAUGGGGAGCCAACAUGGGCUCUGCUCCUGACUGCCUGCAUCUGCGAGAUUGGCAUUCUUAUUGCCUCCCUAGAUGAGGUCGCCCCUAUUCUCUCCAUGUUCUUUCUGAUGUGCUACAUGUUUGUGAACUUGGCCUGCGCAGUGCAGACACUUCUGAGGACACCUAACUGGAGGCCCCGAUUCCGCUACUAUCACUGGACACUCUCCUUCCUGGGCAUGAGCCUCUGCUUGGCCCUCAUGUUCAUAUGCUCCUGGUAUUAUGCUCUGGUUGCCAUGCUCAUUGCCGGUCUUAUCUACAAAUACAUUGAAUACCGAGGGGCAGAGAAAGAGUGGGGUGAUGGAAUUAGAGGACUAUCCCUCAGUGCUGCUCGAUAUGCCCUGUUGCGAUUGGAAGAAGGGCCUCCCCACACCAAAAAUUGGAGGCCCCAAUUGCUUGUGCUUGUUCGAGUGGACCAGGACCAGAAUGUGGUGCACCCACAGCUCCUCUCAUUGACUUCACAACUCAAGGCUGGGAAAGGUCUGACCAUUGUGGGCUCUGUGCUGGAGGGCACCUUCUUGGAUAAUCAUCCCCAGGCGCAGAGGGCAGAAGAGUCUAUUCGUCGGCUGAUGGAGGCUGAAAAAGUGAAAGGGUUCUGCCAGGUGGUGAUAUCUUCCAACCUUCGGGAUGGGGUGUCACACCUCAUCCAGUCGGGGGGACUUGGGGGCCUACAGCAUAACACUGUGCUAGUUGGCUGGCCCCGGAACUGGCGCCAGAAGGAGGACCACCAGACCUGGAGGAACUUCAUUGAGCUGGUUCGGGAGACCACAGCCGGACACCUGGCCUUGCUUGUCACCAAGAAUGUAUCCAUGUUCCCUGGGAAUCCUGAGCGCUUUUCUGAGGGCAGCAUCGAUGUCUGGUGGAUUGUGCAUGAUGGUGGAAUGCUCAUGCUACUGCCUUUCCUGUUGAAGCAUCACAAGGUCUGGCGCAAGUGCAAGAUGCGCAUCUUCACUGUGGCCCAGAUGGAUGACAACAGCAUUCAGAUGAAGAAGGACCUGACAACUUUCCUUUACCACCUUCGAAUUACGGCAGAGGUGGAGGUGGUAGAGAUGCAUGAGAGUGACAUCUCUGCCUAUACCUAUGAGAAGACAUUGGUGAUGGAACAACGAUCACAGAUACUCAAGCAAAUGCAUCUGACCAAGAAUGAGAGAGAGCGAGAGAUCCAGAGCAUCACAGAUGAGUCCCGCGGCUCCAUCCGGAGAAAGAACCCUGCUAAUACUCGCCUUCGGCUCAAUGUCCCUGAGGAGUCUGCAGGAGACAGUGAAGAGAAGCCAGAAGAGGAGGUGCAGCUGAUCCAUGACCAAAGUGCACCUAGCUUCCCUAGCAGCUCUCCAUCUCCUGGGGAGGAGCCUGAAGGAGGAGAGGCUGCUCCUGAGAAGGUGCAUCUCACUUGGACUAAAGACAAGGUUGUGGCUGAGAAAAACAAAGGACCCAGCCCAGUCUCCACCGAGGGAAUCAAGGAUUUCUUCAGCAUGAAGCCUGAGUGGGAGAAUCUGAACCAGUCCAACGUGAGACGAAUGCACACAGCAGUGAGGCUGAAUGAGGCCAUCGUUAAGAAAUCACAAGAUGCGAAGCUGGUGCUUCUCAAUAUGCCGGGACCUCCGCGUAACCGCAAGGGCGACGAGAACUACAUGGAGUUCCUCGAGGUCCUCACGGAGCACCUGGACCGGGUGAUGCUAGUGCGCGGUGGGGGCCGUGAGGUCAUCACCAUCUACUCCUGAGAGAAGGGAACGCCCUCCCGGGCUCUUGGGCCCAACUGCCCUGGACCACUGGAUCUCCGUCUGCGCCGUCCCUGCCGCCACCGCCGUUUACAUAGAUUCCCUCUCCCUGCCCGCGCCCCCCGCUCCCUCUCGCUGCCCAGCCCUAGGACGCAGGACUCUGAAUCCAGGAGCCUCGGCUCUCCCUGAAGGACUCCACUUGCUUCCAGCUUCCCCUUAUCUGGGGCUGGGCCCCGAGAGACAGAUUGAGCCGGCCCCUCUCCCCAUUUUUAUAUAUCUCUACCCCUGCCCAGACUAAGGAGACACAGAAUCACCGGGGACAAGAAAGAAUCGGCUGUGCUGCCUGGACUGGGUGAAAAGCUACUCCUCCCCUCGAGCUGGGAGCCGGAAACGAGGGCACGCCCUCGACGGCGCAAGCCAGUCCCUGGGCCAGGAGUCCCCGUCUCCGAGCCUCAGCUUUGCCCUUCCUCCUUCUCCCGAGAAAUCACUGGCGUGAGCCAAUAGCCAGCCAGAGCUGCGGCCUCUCCGAGCCCCUCACGGCCUUCUAGAGAAUCUCCGGAACCCAUAGGACAGACAGUGCCGGGGGUCUGGAGCAGGGCUGGGGCCGAGUCGGGCCCCUGUACAUAGUGUACAGGAGACAGUCCGUGUAUUUUUAACGUGACCAUAUUUAUGUGAACAGAAGCGCAAUGAACUCAACUCCUCCGCGCCAGCACCGAGUUUGUCUACUCGCUCCAACUCGGGGGCAAGGCGAGGAGGCAGAAGACAGGCAGUAACCUGGGACCGGGAGGUUGGGUUUAUAUAGAUCUUCAAGUGCUUAAGCCCUAAUGAUCGAGGAAGUAGCUCUGGCUUCUUAGCUAUUAGGUAUUAGUGGCAACGCGUUCCUUCUCUCCUUUUCCCUUUCACUCUUUUCUCCCAUCUCUCUGCGCCACUCAGCUUUUAAAAUGUUAUCAGGGAAGAGAAGUCUCCAACUUUUUUUGGAUUCAUCUCACUGCGGAUUUGAGCUUCCACUACGGCUGCAGUUGCUGGGAUGUGCGCUUACUAUCCUCCUCCUAUCAUCCUUCUCACCUUCCUGUGCCCUGGGACUGGGGCCUGUUAAGGGUUAGAGAGCUUCCCUCCUAAUGGAGGGCUCUGUACUUGGGCAAGACCUUAGUUCCCCCGUUCCCGCCCUGGUGCCUUCCACCUAGGGAGCAGUAGCCCAGGCAGUGCCGCUGGUUCUUUGCUUGUCCCCUGCCUCAACUCCCUCCUCCAUUUCCUUGGCUCUUCGCCAAAGACUUGCCCCCCGCCUGACCAGCACCACCUCCUAGGUGUUCCCCCUGUACUCCUUCUAACCCUACUCCCAUCUUCAGACACAGCAACUCUUUCCUUCACCCUCCAAUUCCUUACUGGCCAGGUUUUCAGAAUAAAUGCCAGUGGACCUGCCCGAAGCAGAUUCAGGAGUGUGGGAUUGCUUCUUGGGAAACUGAAGGGGUAGGAGCGUGGUGUUGGGAGAGCCAUGCAUCCAACCUCUCCUUAGCUGCCAGAUCUGGCCGGACUCUUAAUCAUUAAGUUCUCGUUGGAGGCAUCCGAAACCUGUUUGAUGCCUGCUAUAGUUUGGGUAGCGAGCCUCAGGGCCAAGUGCUCUCUCCUCCUGCAUGACUUCCACUUUCUGAGGGAGGAGGAAGGUAGGAGGCUUGAAUAUGCUUUUGCCUCUGGAAUUGGAUUUAUUUCUUGCCCAGACACCCAAAAUUGUUCUCUUGGCGCUUGUGCCUCAUCCACAUCCCUAACCAUUGCACCAGCCCUGUCUGUUCUCACCUGUUACCAGAGAUGGAGCUGUGGUUCUAUGAGACUUGACCCUGCUAGCCACCCUUCCUCAUACCUCCACCCCAGAGAGGGCCAGUUGAAGGCACUGCAUCUGUCUGAUUCUGCACCUGUACACCGAAUUCUGUGAUUGCAGUGCCUCCCUAUCCCAGGAGAAUUCCCAAGCUAUCCCAACUCCUUUGUGAGAGUACUUUUCUCCUUUGCUUGUGUGGGAGCCAGCAGGGUCUUGGAACCUAGUUAAGACCAGCGAACACUAUCUUUGACUUUACUCUCUCCUCUCUUCUCCCCUUGCCAGCCUGAGGCAGACAGAAUUUAGUGGGAUAUGAGAAAUGGAGGCUGGGGGAGGCGAUUUGAUCAGGAAUGAAGAUGGAUUUUGGUUCUUGGGUCAGAUUCUACAAAAUGACCAAGCCCCAGACAGCUUAAAAAAUAUGAAGUCCAGGUCACCCUGGCCAAAGGCAGCCCUAGUUAGUACAGACCAGUCCUAGAAACUGCUUGACCUUUUGCCCCAUGGAUAGUUGGGGAAAAGGCAAUGCCAACAUCUAUCAGAGCACCAAGCUGCACUGUCUAGUCCCAGAUUUCCCAGCUGGCAAGACCUAAGAUCCCAGCAGUAAGCAGCAGCCCCAUGGGUUGAGUUUC